AUGAAGAUCUGUGUGGCCACCAUUCUGUCAAUCGCCCUCCUUCUGGGUAACUCUGUCAAGCUCCAAGCUUCCGUUACAGGGCCGGUUCCCUCGGACGGUGAUGGUCCUGCGUCGCAGGCGUGUCAGCAGUGCUGUCAGGGACCUGCCGCAAUACCCGGCAUACCAGGUCUGCCUGGCCCAGCAGGACCGAUGGGGCCGUACGGUCAGCAGGGGUCAAAGGGCGAUGCAGGUCAAAAAGGUGAGAUUGGCCCGAUUGGACCUAUGGGUGAGCGGGGAGCACCUGGGAACCCUGGGUCUAAAGGUGAUGAUCUAAUUGGCCUACCUGGCAAGAUAGGUCCUAGAGGUCUAACGGGUUUAGUUGGAACAACCGGGGAAACUGGUGUCAAAGGUCAAAAGGGUGAGCCAGGGGAGACACCAGACAACUCCAACCAGCGGGUGGCAUUCACAGUAAGGAGGACGGGCCCUUCGGAUACCUUUACGAAUUACGACUCCAAUUUGCCCUUCGAUGAGACCAAGACGCUUCUACCGGGUACCAGCUUUGGCCUAGAGACCGGUACAUUUACCUGUAGAGUGCCGGGCACCUAUGUGUUUACGUUUUCUGUGCUCCAAUACACUUCAAGCACUACCCUUACCGUUUGCCUACAGAAAAACAACGACGUGGUUGUCACUGGCUAUAGCGGUGAUUCAGGUAGUCAAGAGCAGGUGUCGGGGAGCGCAGUGCUGGUUCUACAGAUAGGGGACACGGUGUAUCUAAGCAUGGUCGGUAAGGCGGGUAGUAGUUCCCGUGGAUACACCUCAUUUAGUGGCUUCCUCCUUUACGCCGAAUAA